AUGAAACUGAAACCGAUCAGCCUGCAUGAGGAGCUCUCCUUCACUGACCUGGAGCAGGUGGUGGCUGCCCUCAGAAUGACAGACAUCCUGAGAGACGACUUCCGGCAGGCCCCCAGCGACGUGGUCGUGGCGGCCGGCGAGCCCGCCGUCCUCGAAUGCGUCCCUCCGCGCGGCCACCCAGAGCCCACCGUUUCCUGGAAGCGCAACAACGUCCGCGUCAGCACCAAGGACGAGCGCAUCUCGAUGCGAGGGGGCAAACUGAUGAUCUCGCAUACCAGGAAAAGUGAUGCUGGCAUGUAUGUUUGUGUGGGCACCAAUAUGGUUGGAGAGAGAGACAGCGAUCCUGCAGAACUGGUGGUGUAUGAGCGUCCUGUGCUGAUGCGGAGGCCUGUAAACCAGGUCGUGAUGGAGGAAGAGAACGUCGACUUCCUGUGUGACGUCCAUGGAGACCCCGCCCCCACGGUACGAUGGCGCCGCGAUGAAGGGGAGCUACCACGGGGGAGGUUUGAAAUCCGCAACGACAACAGUCUCCAUCUCUCCAGAGUGAGGCAAGAGGACGAGGGGACGUACACGUGCACAUCUGAAAACAGCGUGGGGAAGACAGAGGCUUCAGCUAUGUUACAAGUCCAUGUACCACCCCAGGUAGCCAUUAAGCCCCGGGACCAGAUUGCUACCCAGGGUCGGAGCGUGGCCUUCCAUUGUGGGACCACAGGAAACCCUCCGCCUGCCAUCUUCUGGCAGAAAGAGGGCAGCCAGAUGUUGCUUUUCCCCGGCCAGCCGCCCUCUCAGUCCGGCCGUUACUCCGUGUCCAUGAAAGGAGAGCUGACCAUCAGUGACGUCCAUCCUGACGACUCCGGUUUCUACAUCUGUCAGGCCAUCAGCGUCGCAGGAAGUGUUCUGACCAAGGCCCUGCUGGAGGUGGAGGGCGGUCCUUCGGAUCAUGUCCCGCCGAUCAUUCGCCAAGGCCCAGUCAAUCAGACUGUAUCUCUGGGGUCGGUGGCGCAACUGCAGUGCCACGUGAUUGGUGGAACCUCUGUCAGGAUUUCGUGGGAGAAGGAUGGAGAGAGGAUUCGAAAAGAUAAAAGUCGAAUGACCUUGAUGGAGAACGGCACAUUGCAAAUCAGCAACAUAAAGGAAACAGACUCUGGGAUGUACACAUGCGUGGUGUCUAGUGCUGCAGGGGAGUCGAGCUGGAGCGGGAUGUUGACUGUCAGAGAGGAUGGAGGUCCGUCGCUCUCUAGGGUGUCGGAGUCCAUCCAGCUGCCGGGCCCACCCCAGAAGCCGGUGGUCACGGAGGUGACGAAGAACACUGUCACCCUCACCUGGCAGUCAAACCCCCAUGAGGGCGGGGCAGCUGUUACCUCCUACAUCAUCGAAGCUUUCAGCCAAUCAGUGGGCAGUGCCUGGCAGACUGUGGCCAACCAUGUGAAGCAGGAGCGGCACACAGUUGUUGGGCUUUUCCCCAACACAGUUUAUCUGUUCAUUGUCAGGGCAGUAAACUCUUACGGCCUCAGUGAUCCCAGCCCGAUCUCCGAGCCCAUCAGAACACAGGACGGGAGUCCGACGGAGCAGGGUGUGGACCACAGACAGGUGCAGCGGGAACUGGGGGAAGUUUCUGUUUACCUGCAGAACCCUGUGGUUCUGUCUCCUUCCAGCGCCAAGGUCUCCUGGACUGUGGCCCAUCAGUCUCGGUACAUUCAGGGCUACCGUCUGUUUUACCGGACCAUCGGCAGCUCCUGGUUGUUCCAGGAUGUGGAGGCCACGCCGGAACAGAGCGCCAUCUUAACGGACCUGCACAGCGAUACUGACUACGAGGUCAAGAUUCGCCCUUACUUCAACGAGUUGCAGGGUGUCGACAGUCUCAUGGUCCUGCUGCGCACCCCUGAGGAGGUCUUAAGCGCCCCUCCACAGGCUGUGUCGGUGGUAAAGCUCAGCAACACCUCCAGCAUCAGUGUGUCAUGGGAACCUCCACCGCAUAACAUUCAAAGUGGCAUCAUUCAAGAGUACAAGGUCUGGUGUCUGAGCAACGACCCGGAGCAGGAGAGUCAAAUCAACCGGACGGUGGACGGCUCGGUGCUGUCCAUCCUGCUGUCAGGCCUGCUGCCGGACGUCCACUACAGCGUGGUGGUGGCCGCCGUCACCAGCCUCGGCGUGGGCGCCCACAGCCCACCCGUCAACCUGUUCCUCUCCCUGCCGACGGACAAGUCUUCAGUACAGAAAAACAAGAGCCUCAGUCUGUCGGAGCAGAUCACGGGCGUGGUCCGGCAGCCAGCCUUCAUGGCUGGACUUGGCUUGGCCUCAUGGUUUGUCCUGAUGGGCUUCAGCGGUUGGCUGUACUGUCGCCAUCGCAGGAGGAAACAACUGGGACAUUACACCACCUCGUUUGCAUACACACCUGCAGUCGGCUUCGCUCAUGGUGAAGGAUCCGGAAUCAUCAACGGGGGGCCUGGCAUGUUGGGCUCAAACAUGGGCAACUACCCUUGGCUAGCUGACUCCUGGCCGGCGCCGAACCUCGCCCUGAGCAGCAAGGACUCUGUCAACUGUUGCUCUGGCAAGUUGGACUCCGCAGACAGAUACUACAAUGCGGUCGGUGUCCACAACUACCCGAACCAGUCUGAGAAGUACAGCACGGCGUCCAACGAUAGUCCCAUAUACAGCACCAUCAACACGACGGCAGAGGAGGACCUGCUGACCUACUAUGACACCUACUCUGGCGCGCCCUACUCCCAGGGGCCUGACCCAUAUGCCAGCACCCCGGUAUUGUCGAACAACACCAUCGUGGGUCUGGAGCAGAACCCAGACCAGUGGACCAUCCAGUCUGGGUCUGAAUACGCCAAGCUCCACUACACCAAGACGACAAAUGCCAAACUUGCAAAACAGCGGUCUGUUGGCCCGCCGUCUAAGCCUGUCCCUCUCAACUGGGUUGACGUGCUGUCCCUGCCCCUUCCUGCCAGCAAAGACAGUGAUGAUAAAAAGAGAGACCAGGAUGCAGAGCAAACAAGCUCUGAGGAUGAGGAGGAUGACGACUGGUGUCCUCCACUGCCGGCCAGGACGUACUUGACAGAUGGCUCCAAGGAGGAACUCUCUGGCCGGCACUCCACCAAAGGAGAGGAGCUGACCUUUGACCCGCAGUCCCCAACCAAGCUACCCCCCUCCCCUCCACAGGUCGCCCACAAGCCCGGCGACAGCCCGCGGCUGCAGCACUUUGACCUUCUCGCCCGCCACAGGUCAGCCUCGCAGGUCACCCAGUCCAACCCAGAUCUGUUCACCGGCAUGGAAGCGCGAGACAUCAGUGAGAUGUACCACGUCAGCCAGUGGGCGGACAGUUUCAAGGGGGAGUCCCCCCCGUCAGGACAAUCUCCUGGUCUGGCAGCCGUGUCUAGCCCUGUGGCCCAGGUACAGAGAUCCAGGACCAAGAAGAAAACCCCAAAGGAAGGCCAAGUCAGGCGAGAACUACACAACCAAGCGGAUCUCCCGCCUCCCCCGGCCCCGCCCCCUGCAAACGACGCUGUGCAGCUAUUGGUGGAAGUGCUGGGAUGCAACCGAACAGCAGGGGAGAGACCGGAGGGGAGCCAGUCCCCCACCGUUCAGAAGAGGGGGGAGUAUCCCUCCCCCCAUAAGAGAGGAGCCUCAAAGUGGUUACCGCAGGAUGAGAAUGUAAUCCCAUACGGCCAGUCUGGCUUUCUGCCCAAGGUCCAGGUGUCAGGCUUUGGUUCCCUGGGAGGACGGGGCUUCCCGCGGCCUUCUCCGUCGGGCGGCGGGCGGGGAGAC